AUGGCUGCCAAAUCGCCCGUUGACGAUCUCCAGAAAAUGAAACACGAACAGAAGACUGGCAACAUUCAUGUAGCUUUAAAUGAGGUUGCAGCCAAGAGGAAGAAGACCAAGAAAAAAAAGCCAAAGAAGAAGAAGGCUGCUACCGCGCAGACUGAUCCACCCUCAGUCCUUAUUUCCACACUCUUUCCCCACGGUACCUAUCCCAAGGGUGAAGAAGUCGAAUACAAAGACGAUAACCUCAAUCGUAUUACAAACGAAGAGAAGCGCCAUCUCGAUAAUCUCGACCCUGCCUUCCUCUCAGAUUACCGCCAGGCUGCUGAAACCCAUCGCCAAGUCCGCCAAUGGGCGCAGAAAAAUAUCAAGCCAGGUCAGACACUCACCGAGAUCGCAAACAGCAUCGAGGACUCUGUACGCCGCCUUGUGGGUCAUGAUGGGCUCACCGAAGGUGACGCCAUAAAAGCGGGCAUGGGCUUUCCCACAGGCCUCAACCUCGACGACAUCGCAGCCCACUACUCGCCCAACGUAGGCUGCAAGCAAGCGCUCGCGGCCACCAACGUUAUGAAAGUUGACAUCGGCGUGCACGUCAACGGGCGCAUUGUCGACAGCGCAUUCACCAUGUCCUUCGACCCCAUGUACGACAACCUGCUCGCGGCCGUCAAAGAUGCCACCAACACUGGCCUACGCGAAGCCGGCAUCGACAUGCGUCUGGGCGAGCUGGGCGGGUACAUUCAGGAAACCAUGGAAAGCUACGAGUGCGAGAUCAACGGCGUUACUUACCCUAUCAAACCGAUCCGGAAUAUUACCGGCCAUAAUAUCCUACCGUAUAGCAUACAGGGCACGAAGAGCGUGCCAUCUGUCAAGACCAACGAUAUGACCAAGAUGGAGGAAGGAGAUGUGUUUGCCAUUGAAACAUUUGGCAGCACGGGAAACGGCCGGUGCGUUGAGCGCGGCGAGUGCUCGCAUUACGCGCUGUGUGGCGACCCCCCGCAAGCAGAUUUGCGGCUGAGCUCGGCGAAGAGUUUGCUCAGUGUGAUUAAGAAGAACUUCGGAACUCUGCCGUGGUGUAGGCGCUAUCUGGACCGGCUUGGGCAGGAGAAAUACCUGCUCGGCCUAAACAACCUCGUCAAGCAGGGCAUCGUCCAGGACUAUCCACCCUUGGUCGAUAAGAAGGGUUCUUAUACGGCCCAAUUUGAGCAUACCGUUUUACUCCGACCUACCGUCAAGGAGAUCAUCAGCCGUGGCGAUGACUACUAAUCCAGUCAUCUGCUCUCGUGUACAGGUGGAACUAAUGCACGAUCUGAGCCCAUGGUGGAGGGGAUGGUUGCAAUUCAUGUGACGUGCUGUAAAUGCUUUGCAGGACCUUCGUUUGAACCAUAGACACUAC